AUGCCGAGUGAGGAUUUGGAACGUGAGUCCCAGGAACGGGACUCGGGGGAGGAAGCCGACUCCCGGCUCCCCGAUCUGCGUGCGUUGGUCUUAUCUCGAUCGCCCCGAGCUGCUCUCAGCUACAAGGUUGCUGCUUUUCAGUGCCAGGGUGAAUCGGGGCCUCUUUCAUGCAGUCUGAUCCUUAUAGCCGAAGUCGACGGCCAACUGCUUGUUGCAGUGCCUCAUCACGCUUGGCACCGGGUCACCAAACGCUGCUACUUACCUCGGGCAGCCCUGCUGAAGCCAUGUCACGCCAAGGUUCUGGCCGCCGAUCCCGCCGAUCGCGGCUGUUCGCAUGGCCACUUCAAGGUCAGAGUCUGGAUGGGCUUGCUCAACACCGACUACGAGGAGUUUGUAUUGGCGAAGGACGAGGACGAGUCCGGGGAGCGAGGCUUUACUGUUUCAGGGUCCGAACAGCCGAUCCUGCCUUUCGGCCCUUCCCUUGCCUCUAUCGCCCGCGACCACUUCGGCUUCGUGUCAGCUGCAGAAGAGCAGAGCGAGGAUAUCGCUUCGCGGGUUCGGGGUUUGGAGAGUGCGAUUCAAGGUCUGCAAGGCGGUUUGGAUGCUCUUCUAAAGGAAGUUUCGAAUCGCAAUGCCGCGAAUCCGCCUCCGCCUUGUGCCCCGGAGCCUCAGGCCAAGCUGGCAGCCAAGCCGAAGUCUCUCCCAGUUGGGCCCGCAGCGUCGGGGCUAGAUCCUGCCGUGCUCGCAGCCGCGAGGGGGGCCGGAGUGCCCGAGGACCAGCUGCGCCUCAUGCAGCAGCUCGCAGCCAAGCCUGUAAAGCUAGGCGACGGUGCAAGGAAGGUCAAGACGGUUCUUUCGGAGUCGGAGGAGGAGGAGGACGCCGCCGAUGCCGGAGGACAGCCAGAGGCGGCGUCGGUUGCCGAGUCCAUCCACAAGAUGACUCAGAUCCUCAGCCGCCUCUCGAAGCCUCGAGCCGGCGGGAGUUUGGAGGAUCUUCUGGACCGCGGCGAGGAGGUCGGGUCGAGCAGCUCGAGCAGCGGGGGUUCGUCGAAGGCGGCUGCCUACUUGAAGCUCGCGAGGCUGCUCAAGGAGGAUCCUGCAAAGAUAUCCUCCUCGAUCCUUCGCCUCAUGACCGAGGACUUUCAGGGCCACACCGCUGCACCGGGGCUCGAAGAUCUGCCUAUGACUUCCCGCGCCUGGUUGGAACACAGGAGCAGGGUCCAGCAGUUUACGGGCCCAGUCCGCUGGGGCUGGCAAACGGCGGGGGCUCUCGACGCGCUGCUCGCAGGACGCGAAGAAGAGUGCAAAGCCCGCCUGUGUUUAAUGUUAGCCGCUCUAGACCAGAGUUCCCUAGAUUCGGGGAGCUGGCUCCUCGCAGCCGAGAUGCUUCUCGAACCGGGCCCUCCAUUCUCGAGCUUCAGUCGCCAUCGACCUCCCGAACCAGGCGAAAGCCACCAGACCAAGGUGAUGGAUCCUCGUUGGAUCAGCGUCCUGAUGCAUCGCAUCAAAGAAAGAGAAUCCUUCAUCGAAGCCCGCAAGAAGCUUUCUGCGCCUCGCGGGCAGCCAUCGACCUCGAGCGAUCCCGACAAGGAGAAGCCCGAGAAGCCCGGGAAGGGCCGUGCGCGGGGCGAGGCUAGCCCCGUGCGUGCCGACAGUCUUUGGACUCAGUUUUUCUCCGUGCUUGGGCGAGCGAAAUCUCCCCUCGCAACCUUUUGGCACUCCCUCCGGAGACGCCAACCCGACAUCUGUCGCAAGCUCGCGCUCAAUGCUACCGUGCUUGUUCUUUCCUGGCUGUACUGCGGCCAGCCAUCUUGCGUUGGAAGCGUUGCUCCCCUUGGCUUGGGCACGCCUCUUUCGCUUGAGCAGUGGGCUGUGGUUCGCACCCUUGGUCGCGGCAUCACUGCUUGGAACUCCCAGCCUGUCGUCGGCCCUGAAGAGAUGGGCCGGAGCGCUGCCAAAGUCGAAAGCUGCGAGCGGAUGCUGGAUGAGCUCUCUCGCUGGAGCGCAGCGGAGGGUUCUCUACGCCCCGACGCCCUCAGCUCCCCUGAUUCCGACUGGCUCCCUUCUAAGGUCUGCGGGAAGCUCAGUCUCGAGGCUGCGAGCCUCGCCCAACCUGUGGAUGCCAGCCGGCUUCAUUUCGUGGGCACUCCCUCGUUUGACCCUGCGCCUUAUCUGGACAGCUCCAGCCGGGCCGUUUACGAGCGGCCUCUUGAGUUUGCUCGGUCUGUGCCUCAGGAGGAGCCGGUUCCCCGUGUCCAAGUGAAAUGCAGCAGAGCCGGCGCCCUUAGGCUCAUGGAGGUCCUGGACGCUUGUGAUCGACUGUCUCUGCUUCCUUCCUCGCGGGUGCGUGCCCGGCUGGUCAACGGGUUGUUCACUGUGCCGAAGAGCCUUACGAGGGAUCGCAUGGUUUUGGAUGCCAGAGCGGCUAAUCAGGCUGAGGAGCCCCAUCAGCCCUGGAUCAGAUCUCUUGCCUCCCUCGAGCAGCUUCAGUGGCUUCACCUUGAGCCCAGCCAGCGCCUCACCGCAUCGACUGAGGACCUUCGGGAAUUUUAUCAUGCAUUCAUCGUUGGAGCUCAGAGGUCUUGUCGCAAUGCCCUUGCUGUCUGCUUCUCGCCGAAGGAACUUUCUCACCUGAAGUGCUUUACUGCUGAUCUGCACGAGCAUCACUCGCUGCACCCAUGCCUCAAAACUUUGGCUAUGGGCGACUGCUCAGCAGUCGGCUUCGGGCAAGCUUCGCACUUGAGUGUUCUUUUGAGAUCGCAGGCCCUUGCUUUGGAUCAAUUUGUGACGCUCUCGGGCCGCCCUCCGCGUGAAGGCCUGAUUGCGGGUCUCUUGAUCGACGACCUCGCGGUUCUCGAGAAGGUCGAAGCCUCCGCCCCGGCCUCCUCGCACCAGGCUCCUGAUGUGAUGACGGCCGUGCAUCGAGCCUAUGAUCAGGCCCGCCUUCCCCGACAUCCUGAUAAGUCAGUGUCUCAAGCCCUAAAGGCGGAAUUUUGGGGGGGUCUCCUCGAUGGUAUUGAGGGGACCAUUCGUCCUAACCCGAAGCGCACUGUUCCCCUUGGGGCCCUCCUCUUGAAGGCCGUUGAGUGUCGCAUGGCUACGCCGGGUCUUAUCGAGGUCCUUACCGGGUCACUUGUUUCGGUCUUUCAGACACGCCGACGGCUGAUGUCCCUGCUGGACAAGGUCUAUUCGGAGCCUCGGGGCCUGCCGCCUCGCGCCGCCUUUCGCAUGACUCCCGAGCUCAGGGACGAGCUGAUCUGUGCUAUGGUCCUCCUUCCUCAGGCGUGCAUGGACUUUCGGACUCCUGGAGCCCCCGUCUUGAUUGCUAGCGAUGCCUCCUCUAAUUUGGAGGCUGCCGUGUCAACUCCUGUGGACCCUUCGGUGUCCGUCGAGUGUUGCCGCCACGGCCUUCAGAAAGGUAUGUGGAGCCGUUUGCUAAAGCCCCUUGAUGCACUGCUGCGUGAGCGCGGAGAGCUCCCUGACGAGGACCAACUGCCAGGCGGAGCUUACACGAGCCAUCCCCUCUGGGAGACCGCCUGUCGAGAGUUCCUCCAAGGCUCGUUUGGGCCCACGGAUGUACACCUGUCAAAGCUGGGAGUCCACCUGGACCAACUGAGGGAGCUCCCACCAGUGAGCGACCUCUUUCCAGACGUGUCACCCAACGUGCUGAAGUCCGACCUCGUCCAGCUGCUUCGCCUGCUCCCAGGCCACCGCGUUCAGGGCGGUGGAUUGUGGGUGUGUUGCGAGGGCGGCCCUGACGUGCGCUGUGUCAAUGGCCGCGAAAUCGCGGGCAAGGUUGUCGAUCUGAGUCGCGAGCCAGUCUUCUUCGACCCUCACCGCCUUCACGCGACUGAAGACUGGUCCGAGUCGGGCUGCGACGAUUCUGCUGAGAGCCCGCGCUGCGGGCGGCCUCUGAGCGCUGAGGCCCUUGGAGCUCUCGCUUCCUUCUCUCCCGGGCAGUUCGUCUUCUCUUCUGUCUUUCCUUCCCUCCAGUCCGCUCUGUCGUCCGGUCCGGGUUGGGUUGACUUGUUUUCAGGGUCUAGGAGCCUCGCGAAGGCCCUCGUCGAUGCCGCGCCAUGGUGGGUCCUUUGCUUCGACUGCAGGCAUGACGCUGAGGAAAACCUUCUGGACUCGGAGCUUCAGGCUACUCUGGUGCGCCUCCUUGCCUCCGGGGCCGUGCUGGGCUUUUCAGCCGAUCCUCCCGCGGGAAGCUUCUCGACUGCUAAUUCCCGAGCCUGGCGUACCGCCGCUGAGCCGUGCGGCCGCGCAGACCUUCCUGUUGAACAUGGGCUCCGCGCAAGCAGGGACAAUCUGCUCUGUGAGUUCUGUGUCCUGUUGGCUGACGUCGCCAUUGCUCAGGGACUUGAGUUCGUGAUCUCCAACCCCGUGAAGUCUUGGUUCUGGAAACAGCCCUGCUGGGCCAUCUUGGCGAGGCGGUAUGCUGACUUCUUCGCAGACGCAUGCCGCUUUGGAGCUCCCUGGCGAAAGUCUGCAAGAUUCCGGUGCAGCGGUCAACUUGGAGGUCAGAGCAUUCGAUGCGCUUGUGCCCGACCUCACGUUCAACUUCGCGGUCGCUGCUCUGCUCGUGGUGUAUCCUGGACGGUGUUGGCUGAGCCUUUCCCUCGGAGGCUGGCUCGCCUCAUCGGCUCUGCGAUUGCUCAGGACGUUGGAUUCUUUGACCGCCACAGACGCCUGGACAUCUCCCGCUGCGCUAAGGCUGGACCUGGACGGAUCGGUGAGGCUUCUCUUCCGGGGCCUGCUCACUCUCAGCCUCGGACUCCCGCCUGCUUGAGUGAGGUCGAGCUGGUCGAGCCUCGCACUGCCGCGGUUCGUGACAAGCACUGGGCCGCUUUUAUUGCUUACCUUCAGUCCGAGCUGGGGCGCGACGGAGUCGCUUCGACCCUCGAGGUCCCUGGACUUUUGGUCAGCAUGUUAUGCAUCUACGCUCAGAUCCUUUACGACGCUGGCACCCCGCUGUGCUACUACAGGCAGCUGCUGGCUCACGCCCAGCUGGUCGUGCCUCAGGCCCGACCGAUCAUGCGACCGGCCUGGGACUAUGUCACACGGUGGGAACGGCUAGGGCCCUUGCAGCACCGCCCUCCGAUUCCGGAAGUGCUGACUCGAGCCCUCUCUUCUGUCAGCAUCUCCUGGGGCUGGAGGCGCUUCGCCGCUAUCACUUUGCUCUGCUUCUACGCGAUUGCCAGAAUCGGGGAGGUCCUAGCUGCAAGCCGCCGGGACCUACUGACGCCUGAGGAUGCUUUAGAUCCUGCUGGGAAGCUUUAUCUUCUCAUCAGGUCUCCGAAGACCCGUCAUCGUGGAGCCCGUAUUCAGCAUGCCACCGUCGAAGCCUUUCAGGAUGUUCUGAGGUUCAUUAUUGCUGUCUUUCAGGACUUGGACCCCGAGCUCAAGCUCUUUGGCGGCUCUGCUGGCGUCUAUCGUCGCCGGUGGGAUGAGGUGCUCCGAGCUCUGGACGUGCCUAAGAACCUCAGAUUGACUCCUGGCUCUCUCCGCGGUGGUGGAGCUGUGACAGCUCAUAAGAGAGGAGUGCCUAUUCAGGAGCUGCAAUGGAGGAUGCGUCUCGGACACCAAAACACUUUGGCGCACUACUUGCAGGAGACGACAGCUGCUUCGGUGUUGCCUAGUUUGUCUUCGAGCUCUCGCAAAUCCGUCCUUGCGGCCGACGCCCUCCUUCCUUUUCUCCCCUGGGCUUCUUUUCGCUGA